AAAUUUAUCGAAGACACAUGUUUCUGAAUAUUGUCUGCACAAUGAAUAUCACCAUGGCUAUUAAACUACCGCUAUUUAUUCGCACAAAUGUUUUAAAAUAUCAACAAAUAAUGGUGUUCAGCACAAAAUCCCAACAUUCUUCAAUACCAGUAAAUCCAUUGAAAGAAGUAUACAGUGCUAGUGAGCAAAAAGAGACCGGCUCAAUCUACGAUAAAAAACCUUUCAAACUACGUUGUGAAGCUGGAAAAUUAUAUCAAUGGUGUUCAUGUGGGCAAAGUAAAAGCCAACCUUUAUGUGAUGGUACACACAGGAAUAUAUUCUUAAAACUUAAAUUGCGACCUGUCCGAUUUAUAGUCCCAGAAACUAAAGAAUACUGGUUAUGUAAUUGUAAACAGACAUUAAAUAGACCAUUUUGUGAUGGAACUCACAAAAGACAAGAUAUACAAGAAUUAAAACGUUAGAUAUGCAUAAAUUUGUAAAUUCUAUGUUUAAUAUUAUUUUACUCAUUAAGAAUAAAGUAAUAGUUUCUUCAUAUUA